AUGGCAGGAUCGAUCGGACAAGCAAAAGAUGCUAUAUUACAAGUUAUAGAGUGUUUAAUACACGAAGAAAUUCUCUCCGAAAGUGAUAUCACAUGUUUUUUUUAUAGUUCAGAAUGUACUGAAGUAAAAUUUAGUGAAAAUCCAAACAUGUUAUUGGCAAAUGGUGAGAUAAAAAAAUACUUUGAUGCUGUGACUGCUAACGGAGGUACAAGCUUCGCAAGUGUUUUCGGAAAAAUUAUUGAAAAUCUUAAUCUUAACCAGAUUAAUAAUGAUUUGGCUAUCAUAUUCUUCACUGAUGGAGUUGACGAAUCAACCUUAAAUAAUGAACUUAAAAAUAAGUUGAAAGAAGCUUUGUCAAACAUUCCAUUUGGAACUGAAGUUCAUAGCAUAGGUUUUACAGAAAGUCAUGAUGCUAAUCAAAAAAGUCAACCGGAUACGGAAUAUGAAUUUACAUCACUACACGUAAUGUCUGAUAGUGAUCCAAUUGCCAUUCAACUAAUAAUUCAAUUUAUCCAGGAAAAGAUCAUUAUAUUAUUGAAUGAAAUUCUCAUUUGUGAUGCUGGUGCAAGAGAUGAGAAAUGUCAACAAAUCUUGACCGACGUAGACUUAUAUGAUAAACGAUUAGAUGAACAUUUCGUUGGCAAGAUGGACUUAAAUAAAAUAGUCUGCGAACUUAGAAAACAUCGUAAUAUUAGGAAUGCAGACAUAAAAAAUGUAAUUACCUUUUAUGGUGUGGUUAGAAAGCCAGAUGACAAGAUCUGCUUGGUAAUGGAAUAUGCUGAAAACGGAAAUUUACAAGAUUAUUUGUUAAAAAAUCAAUGUGAAUGGGAACAAAAAGCAGAAUGGGCUAUUGAUAUUUCAAGAGGAUUAUUGGCAUGUCAUGAAUAUGGAAUUACGCAUUUAAAUAUGAAAGCUAAAAAUAUUUUCGUUGAUCAUAAUUUAACAUUGAAGAUUGCAGAUUUUGGCCUCAGUUAUAUGAGGCCUAGAUUAAAUUGCGAAUGUUGUGUUAAAGGAUCAAUUCCAUGGGCUUCACCUGAAUACAUUUCUGAUGAUCCAAAAAUGAAGGAAUACUAUAAGGAUCGUCCACAGCUUUCAGAAAUCAUAGAGUUUAAGCUUUCUAAAAAAAUUGACAAUUUAAUUGAAGAACUUAAAAGAGGAGAUGCACCGGAUGAAUUAAAAAAUGUAGUUCAAAAAUGUUGCAAUUACAAUCCCCUCAAUCGCAUAGCCUUGGAAGAAGUCGAACUUCUCCUUUCAAAAUUUAAUUCGGAUCAAUAG